GUGUUCAUGCUGUGCAUGCGUGCCUAUGUGUGAAUGUGGUUGCCCACAGUGGUGUGCUGCAGUCCGCUCCCUGCUGUAGCUCAGUAAACUACAUGGACAUUAGCGGGCGUAGCGGCGCAGCCACCGACCAGGAGGGGGAUUAAAGCAACGUGCGUGUGUGAAGAACUGCUCGAUUACCGUCUGUGUGACGAAGUGCGAACAAAAAUAACAACAACAACAAAAAAAAAACUCGGUGUUUUAAAUCUCGAGUCCGCGGCAGCCAGUUUUGCAGCUGCUAACGCAGCGGAGAUUAGGAGCGAACUCAGUAAGUGUUCGUCCGUGCGUCGUGAUUGAGUGUUUGCGAGCCAGAGAGAGGGGGGAGAAAGAAAAAGCUCGGCGGGAAUGGCUUCAUCUCCGUGCGGCAACAGCAACUUUGAUUCCGGCCUGGAGAUCAAAACUCGCUCCGUGGAGCAGACGCUUAUUCCGCUGGUGUCGCAGAUCACGACGCUGAUAAACCACAAAGACAGGCUGAAGAAGUCUGAGCAGACGUCGGCAGCGAUUCACCGAGUGGGUCAGGCAGUGAGCGUGGCAGUGGGGCGUUUUGUCGCCGUCGGGGAGGCCAUUGCCUCAGAAAACCAGGAGCUGAAGGAUGAAAUGGGUCAGGCGUGCUUUGAAGCACGCAGAGCAGGUGAUGCUAUAGCCCAGCUGACAGACGUGGGGUCAGCCCUGCAGCCUCAGACAGACGGGCGUGUCACAGUGUUCAGUGACAGGACCGGGAUGGUAAAGGCCGCCCGCCUGCUCCUCUCUUCCGUCACUAAAGUCCUCGUCCUUGCCGAUCGCAUCGUCAUCAAACAGAUAAUCGCAUCACGCAACAAGGUUCUUGUAACACUUGACAAACUGGAAAGAGUCAGCACCUUCCAGGAGUUUGUGCAGAUUUUCAGCCAGUUUGGCAACGAGAUGGUGGAGUUUGCUCACCUCACAGGAGACAGACAGAAUGACUUGAAAGACGAGAAGAAGAAGGCGAGAAUGGCAGCAGCCCGGGCAGUGCUGGAGAAAUGCACCAUGAUGCUCCUCACAGCCUCCAAGACUUGCCUCAGGCACCCAGACUGCGAGUCGGCGAGGAUCAACAAAGACGCCGUGUUCCACCGAAUGCGCUGUGCCCUAGAGCAGGUCAUCGAGAUAGUCACUGAGGCACGGAGCUGUGGGGAAAACAAGGUCCUCCCUACUAGUAUCUACAACAGCAUCAAAGACUUCAAGGGCAGUGUUGAGUGCCUUAGAGAGAACCUGCACUCUUCGACGCCGCAGAUCAUGGCCGGUCAGCUGGAGACGCUGGUGGAGCGCACCGAGGACUUCACCGAUUCGCCCUACACCAGUCAUGAGCAGCGGCAGGCCAUCCUUGGUGUGUGCCAGCUGGCCCGCCAGGACACCCAGCAGCUGGUGCACGCCUGGAUCGAGGCGCAGCAGUCUGUCCAUGCCAAAGAGGCCACAGAGGAGCUGGAGGUGGCCAUUCUGAAGACGUGCCAGAGCAUCGGUGACCUGAGACGAGAGCUCCAUAAGGUCGCGGUGGGCCGCGCCGCCGACUUGCUGAAAGCUCACGGCGAGCAUCUGCCUCUGAGAGCCCUCAAAGCCGCCGGCGCCGAAGGGAACCUGGAGGCAGUGGCAGAGUAUUCGCGGACGCUCACCGAGCAGAAGGAGCAGCUGGUGGAGACAUGCAGACUGUUGUGCCAUGUGUCGGGGACGGAGCCAUUAGAGAUUACCUGCAUACACGCAGAGGAGACCUUUCAGGUCAUUGGUCCACAGAUCAUCUCGGCUGCCCAGACGUUGGCCCUUCAUCCAUCCAGUAAGAUUGCUAAAGAGAACCUGGAGGUGUUCUGCGAGGCCUGGGACUCCCAGCUGUGUGACAUGGCUCUGCUGCUCAAAGAGAUCAGCGACGUCUUUGAAGGAAGACGAGGUGACAAAAGGCCCUAUCUGUCCCUUCCAAGACCUGGGAAACACUCAGCUAAUCUGAAGACUGCCAAGGCUGUCAAGUUGGAUGCAGAGGAGCAGACGAGCAUGGCCAAGCUGGGACUGGAGCUCCGUCUGCUCUCGUCAGAUGUGGACUCGGAGGUGGAGAAAUGGGAGGAGCAGGAACAUGACAUAGUGCGGCAGAGUCAGAGCCUCGCCAGCAUGGCCUACAACAUGUACCUGUUCACAAGAGGGGAGGGGCUGCUGAAGACAACUCUGGAUCUUUUUCAUCAAGCUGAGGUUCUGUCGGAAGAGGGACUUCAGCUUUGUUCGUCUCUUCGUACCUUUUCCUCUCAGCCGGUGGAUGAGGAAAAGUCUGUGGUGAUCACAGAAACGGAGAAACUGGUGGUGCUGUGCCAACAGCUGCAGAUGGGGGCCAAAACUCCUGUACAGGGCAAGACUGCCACCUUCCAGAAGGUCGACUCAUCCAUUCAGACAACCAGAAACAUCAUGACUGUGGUCCUCUCCCUCCUUCCCAUUAGUAAUAAGCUAUAUAAAAAGUGCAAGUCAGAGAAGACGAGCCUCAGUUCCCUGCAGGACUGGAGAGAACGACCGGACGCGUCAACGCCCGCCAAAGAGGAGGGGGCUCUGAGCGGCAAAAACACAAACGGCUUUGGAGUCAAAUCCCUGGAACAGCACAUGGCCGGCCUCAACCUCUUGGAGAGCAAAUAAUCCUGGAGAAUGUCUCCUUGUUUGUUUUUUUUUUUGUUUUUUUCCACUGUUGUUGUCAGAGCACCACAUAGCCAGCCUUACCUCUGUGAAAUUAUCCCAUCAUCCCCUCCUACCACUGUAGCCUGGACUUGAACUGCAAGGCAAAGAUGGCCGCCUUCAGGUCAGAUAGAUUAAAUUUGGCACGUGGGGGGAUAAUUCUGAAAGAAAUGCAAACUGAAGCUCUGUAUGUCCAAUGAGGUGAAUUCACUCCACUUUAGGUGCUUAGUAUGAACCACCAGUCAACAAUCAGCCUCCAAAUGAAACUGAUUUUUCACUCAAUUUUGAUUUUCAGGGUUCCUCAACUUACAAAUUUCAUACAUUUUCAGUUUAAAUUUUUUUUUCUUGCAUUCUGUAGAUAAAUAGAACAAAAACAAGGUCUUUUCACAAAAUUAUUAAAUUGGCCACCAGUUUUCUGUGUGGUUUAGGGGCAUCUGGACUAUAAUACACAAAGUCUACUUCAAAAUCUUCAACUCCUGGAUUUGUAAAGGCAGAUUAUUUAAAGCACAGUUUGUGUAGUUUGUGGUACCAAAAGCUGCAGUUUUUUCUUUGAAUUGGCAUUCUAAUCCCACUAACUUUGAGAACCACGUACGCGGUUCCAAUUGAAUUUGUUUAGACAAAAAAAAAAAAAAAAACUUUUUUUAAAUAUUGCCCCUCUUGACUGGUUUUU